AAUUUAAUAAAAUGAAGUGGAUUUCUGUGGCAUUUUGUUUUCUUUUAACAAUUGUGUCUUCGCGACAACACAGUGAAAACGAUGUAAUACAAACUCCCAUAGUAGAUGUGGAAUUAACCGAUGCUGGAUUCCAUCGAUAUCUUAUCUAUACUGUGCAAUUCGAUUAUCCAUUGGCGGGUAAGGAGUGUGAAUACGUUUUAAAACAGCAUUUGCCGGCAUCAGUGUAUGUAAGUGUCGAUCAGCUGGAUGACCUGAAGCGAUUGAAAAAGCUUGAUGCCAUUUAUCCCUCCUUUGUUGAUAUUGAAAAACCAACAGAGCAAUCUAAACCAUUUGAAGUUUUUCUCAAAGGUGUACCCAAAAUAACUGAUACUAUAACAUUGCCCAUACAUUUUCGCUACCAUGCACCAAAUGAUGAAAGUUCCUCUGUAUCAGUCGAUAUAAAGACACCCACAAUGUUUAUCAAUUGUCCUAAACACGAACAAAAUUUGUUAGAAAAUGAACUGCAUAUAGAGCCUAACACCCUCUAUUGUUUAGAUGAAAAAGUGCCAAAUAUUAAAGAAUCAACGAGUCACCAAACGUUGGCAAAAUGGAAUGAACCUUGCAAUUGGAAAUAUGUCAAGGUGGAUGUUAAAAUAAAAUCACCUUUACGUGCAGAAAUACCAGUGGGUAAUGAACGUGCCUUUCCGCCUAUACUGUAUGCCACCAUUAUUGUCAGUUGGAUUGUAUCGUUAUGGACUGUAUUUCGCACAAGACGUGUUCCUAUGGCCAUCAAUGAAAAGCUAGAAGAACAAAGACUUUUGCAAAAGAAACAUAAAUAGAAUAGGCAAGGGAAAGAUUUAAAAACGAAAGACUUUAGCCAAAAAUAUUAUUAAUUACUGUAAUAAUUAUUAUAAUAAUAGCAAUAUCCUAAAAAUGGAAAAUAAUGUAAGCAAUCAUGUUAAAAAGCAUUUGUAUGUAACGUAUAGUAUUAGCUACAACUUUAUAUUAAAAAAAUACAAACUGUAUUUCUAACAAUAAAAUAAAUUUUUAAAUUCGGCUAUGAA